AUGGAAAACUUGACAAGCGGCUCCAGAUUUUAUAUGAAAAAGUUGAUAGUAAGGUUGCCGCCUCCUAUGUUGCCUCCUCAUGUCAUGUCCCCUGGACAAUCUCGUCUGAGGCCACCUCCACUUGGUCUCGCUAUUAGGACGCCUGUUCCUCCUCCUGGUUUGCCGCAAGGUAUUCAGGGUCCCAACUUGCCUUCAUCCCUAAAAUCACUGACGCAGAAUAAUAUUUUAAGCGCUCCACCAUCUUACGCCAAAACUUCUUCAAUAGCUGAAAAAAGCCAUCCGUCAUCUGGUUCAAAGUCUGAAAUAUCUGUAACCAUAUCUGCUAAACCUAAGAUAAGAAAUUUAAUAGGCGAUGUAACGAGAUUUACUCCUAUUGCUGUUAAAAUCAAGAGAGAGGUGAAAGAUAUUAAAGGUCAGGCUGUAAAAUCUGCGUUUGGUCUCCAAGGGCCGAGCUUACUGAUUAUGGGUGAUUUCAACAUUCACAUCAACGAUCGUGAGAAUCAUAUAUCAUCCGGUUUCAUAGAAUUGAUACCAAUAUGUGGUUUGGUUCAGCUUGUCAAUCCCCCAAUUCAUGGUUCAGGAAAUAUUCUAGAUCUGGUGAUAGUUUAUUCUGCUGAACCGUUUGAAGUUAAAUCCUUAUUAAACAGAGUUAAUUUGGUUUGGAUCCAAAAAGGUUAUGGCCGAAAUCGGUACUACGUCUUUUGA